UGGUACUUUUCAGAUUUUUGUUAUGUAGAACAACUAUAUAUUAUUAAAUAGAGUUUAUCUGAUACAAGCAGAAAAAUGUCGCUACAGUUGAUGGGAUUUAUGAAUCAGGCUGGUAUCGAACCGAUGCAAGUUGAUGUUGAACCACAGGAACAUGAUAUAAAUGAACAACAGGAUGAUGAUCAAAACUUCAUUGUGGAGAACCCAACUUUGGACUUGGAAAUGUACACAGCAAAUUAUUCUGGUUUGAUGAAGACUGAAAGAUUAUUAUUUAUUGCAAAACAUGCUCCUUCACUCAAAGUAGAAGCAUACAGAAUGGCUCUAGCUCACGUUCAGAAAUCAUUUAAUGUUGGAUUAUAUCAUAACAUUCAUGAAAUGCUGGCUCAAGCAAUAAGAGAAUCUUCAUUCCUUCCUGAUGCAGUAGUAGAGCUGACUCAUCAAAUUCCAUCGCUUGACACAGCGUGGAUGGAAUUAACAGCAAAGAAGGCAGCAACGUUACUGGAGAAACUUGAUACUGAUCUGAAAAAUUAUAAAGAUAAUUCUAUCAAAGAAAGUAUAAGACGCGGCCAUGACGAUUUAGGAAAUCAUUAUUUAAAUAUGGGAGAAGUUCCGAGUGCGCUCAAGUGUUAUAGCAGAGCUCGAGAUUAUUGUACAUCUCCGAAACAUAUCAUAAGCAUGUGUCUCAAUGUUAUACAGGUCAGUGUGUAUCUACAGAAUUGGUCCCAUGUUUUAACCUAUGUAAACAAAGCAGAAGCAACAGGAGAAUUUGCCGAUAAGGAAAGAGACAACCAUAGUCAAUCAAUACUUGCUAAGUUAAAAUGUGCAGCAGGACUAGCUGAAUUGGCAAUAGAAAAAUACAAAUUGGCAGCAAAGCAUUUUCUACAAGUUUCUGUUGACCAUUGUGAUUUCCCAGAGUUGCUUUCUGCCAGUAAUGUUGCUGUGUAUGGAAGUUUAUGUGCACUCGCUACAUUCACCAGAACAGAACUUCAAAAAUUAGUUAUAAAUAGCAGUUCUUUCAAAUUACUUCUUGAAUUGGAGCCUCAAGUUCGAGACAUUGUGUUUGCAUUCUAUGAAUCAAACUACAGUAAAUGUUUAUCGUCGUUACAAUCGAUUCGUGAUAAUUUACGACUGGAUAUCUAUCUUUCUCCUCACGUCGACAGACUUUAUGCGCAAAUCAGGAAUCGAUCUUUAGUUCAAUAUUUCAGUCCGUACAUGAUGGCCGAUAUGAGAAAGAUGGCUAAUGCUUUCAAUUCUUCAUUGCCUGAUUUAGAAAACGAAAUAAUGCAACUUAUAUUAGAUGGUGAAAUACAAGCAAGAAUUGACUCAGAAAAUAAGAUUCUACAUGCUAAAGACACUGAUCAAAGAAGUUUAACAUUUGAAAAGACCGUUCAAGUUGGUACUGAAUAUUUACAAAGAGUGAAAGCAAUGAUUUUAAGAUCUGCUGUUUUAAGAAACAAUAUCCAUGUGCAAGGUACAUCUGAUACAUCAAUGUCAACAUUGUCAAGUGGAAGUUCUGUUUGAAUUUGGAGGAAGAUUAGCAAAGUGGUAGCACUGAUAAAUCGCAGUCAGAAGUGAGUGGAUCUGGAAGAUGACACUAUCAAUGUGCAUAGUUGUGUAAUAGAAGUUUCAAAAUGACUGCAUUUCUAUUUUUUCACAUUAAAUGGUACUCCUGAAGUAUGCGCACCAAGAUGUCGCACAACCUGAACCGUAACCUUGUACACAACCCGAGUUGAGGUUGUGCGCCAUCUUAGUGCGCAUACUUCAGGAGGUCCCAUUAAAUUUCUCUGCCCCUUUCCUGUGCCGAUGUGUUUUAUAAGAUGCCUUGAGAAAAAUUAUUUGUAGUGCAGUAACUGAAUCAUUUCAAUGAUUUUAAUUUACCUGGUGCGGUGAUUCAUGAAAUCAAAUUAAACCCGGUCUUUAUACUAUUGUGUGGUUCUAUGUAACCACACCCACUCCAGCUGUCAUAUUUCAAAAAGAAAACCUGCUUAAUUGUCCACGUUUGCACCGUCAUUAAUCUUGUUACUUAUUUUUCUUCUUCUUUGGAAUACAGAUGAUUUUCUUGUAUUAUACCCAUCUCAGUAGACCAUCAAACCAAUGAUACUCUUUAAAAAAGUUCUCCCUCUUUUUUGUUUAGGCGUUAUCGUUCGCCGAAUUUAGUUGUAUAUUUAUUAAAAGUUAAAAUCACA